AUUCUCUAUAUAAAUACCCCCUCACUAUUCCCACUUCUCAUCAAAAGGCAAACAUCCUUCUCUCAACCUACCAUUUCCGACACUAUUUAUUCUCUCCAAAAAAUAUUAUAAAAAAAGAAAAGUUGAUGCACAUGCAAGAAAAGCCAACAAAAAUGUGGAAAAAAAGCUCAGUUAGAGGAGGUUGGAACAUUCUGCGGUUAUCGCUCCAAUGGGCCAAAAAAGGAGGGAUCUUCAAAAACAGGCACAUCGUCAAUUUAAGAGUGAUCACAAGAAUAAUAAAGAAGGUAACAGACUCGAACGAGCACAACCGUGGGGCCCUCGUUUACGGUGACCGGGAGUUCUCGUUCGAGGACACUCCCGUCGUACACGUCAAAAUGCACAGGCCUUGUUCUUCGUUGCGCUUCAAGAUGCCUUGCAUUGUAAAGCCGCAGGUGGAUUUCGAUUGUGAUGAAGAUUAUUAUGAUGAGAACAGUCAUGUGUGGUGCGAGGAUAGUGAUGAUUUUGUUGAAGAGGAAGAGUAUUACGAUGAGGCGAUUGACGUCAAGGCUGAGAUGUUUAUUGCUAAGUUUUACGAGCAAAUGAAGCUGCAAAGGGAUAUAUCUUCGAUUAAAAGAGUAUAUUAGUAUUCAAAUUGUAUGUAUCUAUUGAUCUAUUUUUGUGCAUUCCAACUCGUUUAUUUCACGUUACGUCAUUUUUGGUGGAUCUAUUUUUGUGCAUUCCAACUCGUUUAUUUCACGUUACGUCAUUUUUGGUGGAUGAAGAAGAAACACGGACUUUUUUCGGUUCA